AGGGUUAUAUAUGCCUUUUUUUUUCACAAACUCGUCCCAAAAUAAUACCCAUAAUUAUUAUAAAAGCUAAAAUACAGGUGAUAUUGAAACAUUGAAAUGGAAGACUUAGAAAACAAAUUACAGUCCACUAGCCCAAACACUGUAGUGCAAACAUUUUCCAAAAUUAUUCAAAAUAUACUAGCUAAAUACAAAGAUGAGGUAAAAGACUUUCCAGAACUGAAGUUUCUCAAAGAAAAAUCUUUGAAUUGCGAUCCUCUUAUCAGCGAAGUCUCCGGAAGAGCGGUUGUAAAACUGGUAGAAGAUAGGGUGCUUUCAAUAGAACCAAUUAUUGCCGAUUUCCUAUCUGCAACAUCCUCAACAAAAUGCCAUUCAAGCUUGAUAAAUAUAAUGGGUGAUUUGUUGUACCUCAAGUGGAAGCAAGACAAUUUGAGAGGUUCCAAGUACAAUCUGUAUUCCCCUCAGCAUCCACUGAUUACCAUCCUUGUUGAAAAUCCGAGUUCCUGUAAUUUGGUGCUCAAUAAAAUUAGAGGUUUGCAUAGCCGGCAAAAUGAGUUACCUGUAAACCAAUUAUUCAGACCUGUAUAUUUAUAUGGGCUGCAUCAUCCUUCGAUUUCAAUGAACUUGUUUAAAUAUCGUCUUUGGACUUUUUUACUCAGUCAAAAGAUUUUGGAACAGACGUUGUUUUUCGAUUUGUUAUGUUGGUUGCAGAUCGAAACAAGGGACCACGUAGAGUUAACUAGUGAAUUAAUUGAUCAAGCUCUACUAGCCGAAAGCUCCAAUGAGAGUUGUUUGAACGUUGAUUUGCUUGUACUCUGGCAAGUUACUGUUCUGUACUACUUGGCUCUUAAUAAAUUGGAUAUGCUUCCGAAUGUAUAUUGUUUGAAGAGGGUUUUUCAAGGAAAACUCCGUUACUUCACUACAAACUGUGUACUGUUGAUAUUUUCGAAAAUAAUUGAUGUGUGUUCUCCAGUUUACCUGAAAGAUGUCUUUCAACUAUGUGAAACCGUGGUACUUCAGUCGAAAGCAGAUUUUCACGUCAUCCAGACGCUCAGAUCUUCCCUACUGCAAUGGCUAGCGAGUCCCUGCAUAUUAAUAGAGGAUGCCUACAAGAUAGCUGAAAGCAUUUUCAACAAAACUUGCUCUAUGGAUAACCGUCCACGAAACGACGAUGGUUCGAAUAACUUUCCAGACAUUUUCCAUAAAGAAAUCACCUCCAACAACACUCUAUUUGGUUCUGUUGAGUUGUGCCGACUAUCUGGAGAUUUGUACAGCGAAACAAGACUUUCCGAGUGGCUGGACAGUCUUCAGGGCUGCCCGUCUUCUUUCAUCGAAGAAAUAUUACACUUUCUAUGCGGUUUGCUACUAGUUGACGAUUUCAGCCAGGAAAUCUUAUCGAAAUCCCUCGCUCUGAUACUCAACAGCGCAGAGAGGAACGUUUCUUUGACUCCCAAAUUGCUCGCAAUCAUCCUGUACAAGUUGUCCAACACGCGGCACGCCAGGCUAAGCUUCGAGCUUUUAUCGGCCCUGCCAAAGUUGGUUGUCCUCAGGGAAAAUAUACCUAAAAUCAUGUCCACGCUUCAAGCCGUCAGCAGAGGCUCUGAGAACUUGUUCAACGUCGGUUUGAAAUUGAUAUUUGAUGCCUGGAAGAUCGAUAGUAUGUGUUACCCUUAUUUGGAGGGCUUGCUGGUUGAUGGGGGAGGUUUUAAGAAGAGGUGGGACAGAUACGUCACCAAGAGUUACAUCAUCAAGCAGUUAUGUCUCGAGAAGCCAGAGUUAUAUGGAGAAGAAAUGGUGGCGCACUUGUCGAAAAUUUUGAACGAAUGUAAAGACGAUAAUGGGUCUCUACCAAGCGCUUUGGCUAUCGAUGCGGUAACCGUAUUAUGCAAGGCAGAAAUUGUGAAUGUCGUCCAGACGUGGGCCAUCUUAGCGCCAAUGUUCAGAAAUGAUCUCAGAUUACCCGUCGUGAAAAGCCUCUGCUCUCUGAUCCGGGAAAUCCCGCAACUGUCUUACACCGAAAGCUAUAUGGAACUGCACAGAGAUGUCAUGCAUCAAUUGUGGGAAUACGUUGAAACAGGGGACCCAGAAAUAUGCGAAGCAGCCCUCAGCAGUCUCACUUCCUUCGGGCUGGAGCAGAUAUGUGUUCAUUUGCCUGAGGAGUAUUUGGACCCGAGCACUCCAACUAAAACGACGCCCACCACCCAGCACUUGGUGCCAGGUAAAACGUGGAUAGACUUCCUUAUAAAGCUGAGAGUGUCCUCAGCUUCGGUGAAUUUCAUCACCAAAAUGAUAUCUAUUGAAAUUGAUGGUUAUUUGAAGUACGUCUACCAAACAAAAGGAAAUAAGGAACCGCUCAACUACGGAUAUCUACCUAGUCAUAGUGUUCUUCGAGGUCUGGGGGAGUUCAUCAAAACCUGGUCGAACAAAUGGAGAGGUAGCAUCCAUGACAAACUCUACGUAGAGUGUCUAAGAAUUCUCAGCACCGAAUUCAGCAAACCGUUACCUCCUUUGGAUUGGUGUUUUCUCCAAGAGCUGAUGCACGAUCCCCAAACCAAAAAGUAUUGCGUGGAUUUGUCCUCGCAUCAAGUGAUCAUAUCUGGUACUGCUAGACGUCUUAUGGAAAACUAUAUCAAUGCGGUGACAGAAAAACCCAUAGUAAGUAAUUUUAUUGGAUAACUAAUCUAACACCCAUGAACUAGAAACAAAUGCAACGGUGCACAGUUACAACACACGUCAUGGUGAUGUUUUGCGUAUUCCAAGUCAUAAGACAACAAAAUAUAAAAACUCCCCUUUGUAUAAUGUCAUAAAUCUGUAUAAUAAAUUACCAGAGCCGAUCAAAACACU